AAAAACCCAACUAAUUUCGUGGAUUUAUAUGGUUUUUUUGAUAGCGCAAUGUCUUUGAAAAAGGCAAAAAGUAAUUUUACUUCGUCAAAGUUGAAGAAAUUAAAAAAGCCCGUAGCAAAACCAGCAACGGCAUGUCGCAAAGCGGAGAGCUAUGAAUCCGAUUCCAGUGAAAAUAUCUUAUCGGAUGACGAUGAAAAUCAAUGGAAAGAUACAAAACGUACGGUUACCGAUCCGACGCCCGAUUACCAUAACAUUCAAAAAUUGGUUAAAUACGUUAAGGCAGGCAAUAAUACAGCCACCAUUGUUUCAUUGUGUUGUCUAAAAGAUUAUGAUUUAAGCAUAUCAACCAAUCAAGUGGCAAUUCAGGAAAUUGGCGGAAUUGAAGUGCUUGUCAAUUUACUCGAAAGCAAAGACGCAAAAUGUCAAAUGUCUGCAUUGCAAAUACUUGUACGAAUCUCAAGAUCGGCAGAUGUUCAAAAAGCGAUUGUUAACUUAGACGGUAUCCCAUUGUUAGUAAAUAUUUUAUCAGAACCAGCACUUAAUUUAAAGACAAUGGCAGCGGAAACGUUAGCAAAUGUAGCAAAAAUCAAAUUGGCGCGUCGUCUUAUUCGCAAGUGUGGUGGUAUUCCAAAAUUAGUGGAUUUGCUUGAUGUGAAGCUAGAUAUUUUAUUAAUGUCUCGAGAGCAAUUAGUCGACGAACAAAAAUUACAAAUCGAUAUGGCUCAGGCAGGUGCUCGCGCAUUGAGUUCACUAUCCGAAUCGAAGCCAAACAAAGAAGCAAUGCGAAAGUUUGGUUUGGUGCCGUUGAUGACCCGAGUUUUAAAAAGCGUCCAUACCGAUUUGAUAAUUUCGAUUAUGAAUACUUGUUCAAAUUGUGUAACAGAGGAUAAUUUUCAAAUUGCUGUUAUCACGGAAAAUAUGAUACCUGACAUUGUUUAUCACUUGUACUCGGAGAACUUGGAUAUUAAAUUACAAUGUAGUUUGGCCAUAUUCAAAUGCGCCAGCAAUCGAACUGUAAGCGAUAUGGUACGAGAGGCACAUGGACUAGAACAAUUAAUGGCAAUUGUAAAAGAUAAGACUACGAGGGAAAAUAAACCGUUAUUGGGAGCUGCCACGGGUGCACUAUGGAAAUGCACACUUGUCGAAGAGAAUGUAAAACAAUUAGACAAUCUUCGCAUUUUGAAUGUCUUUGUUACACUUUUGAACGAUGAAAAUGAGGAUGUCUUAACAAAUGUGGUCGGAGCGUUGGCGGAAUGUUUAAAAUUCACGAGCAACCGAAUAACUUUUCGCACAAUCGGCGGUUUAACACAUCUUGUCAGUCUACUGAAUAGCACAUAUGAACCAUUGCUGGAGAAUGUAACCAAAGCACUGUGUGAAUGCGCGAAAGAUAUUGAAAGCAUGCAUAUCUUAGAACAAUUAGAUGCUGUACGUUUGAUUUGGUCGUUACUCAAAAAUCCAUCGCCACGAGUUCAGGCAAAUGCUACGUUUGCUCUUUGUCCGUGCAUUAAGAAUGCACGCAAUUCUGGAGAAUUGGUUCGAAGUUUCGUGGGUGCUAUGGAAUUGGUCGUGGGCUUACUGAAAUCAAGUGAUACUUUAGUGCUAUCAGCAACAUGUGCGGCAAUCGCAACAAUAGCUAAUGAUAAAAAUAAUUUAGCUGUGCUAUCCGAUCAUAAGGUCAUAUCAAUGUUGGCUGAUUUAGUUUUCACGUCAGAUGAUACGUUACGCGAAAAUUUAGCGGCAGCAAUUGCAUCUUGUGCACCAUACGGCUCAAACACACAAGAGUUGGGCAGAUUACGUUGUGUUGCUCCAAUUGUGGGAUAUAUGGUGAGCAAGAACCCUCGAGUUCAUCGAACAACUGCUAUGGCCUUGCAGCGACUCUCAGUUGAUCCACAAAAUUGCAUCAUAAUGCAUCAAAGUGGUGUUGUACCCUUUCUACUCGAAACAGUCGGCUCCAAAGAUAAAGCGCUUCAAGAAGCUUCCGCUGGUUGCUUGCAAAAUAUUCGUGAGCUCGCAUUAAGAGCAGAAGAGUUUAAAUUAAAACGACAAAAUUAGGUGGACUCAAGUUUUGUUUUGUAUUUUAAAUAAGAAAAUUGUUUCAUUCACAAUUAUGUCAAAAGAUGUUUUAAUGUACCGAUUUUUAUGCUUUGUUUUUAGUUAUACGUGAUUUUGCUUACGUAAAUUCUAAAAUAAGUAAAUUAUUUCGCUUAAAAUUAUUUAAGCUUCUUGUACGAUAUUUCACAUUAGAAUAAGUCUUGACGAUCUCAGAUAAGUUUUUUUUUAGCAUUAACAAAAGAAAAACGUAAAAUAUAUUCUAAGAAAAAUAUUCGCAAAAAUGAGACGAAUUAAAGAAAAAAUAAUCUCCCAUUUGAUCAAAUAUAUUGAGUUUGGUAAUUAUUUAUUUAUUGUUACCAACUCUCUGCCGUUCUCAGAGGAUGGAUUCGUUGGAACAGGCAUAGCACCAC